AUGUUGCAACUUAACAAAUUGUUCUGCAAUAACAUUUACUGGAUUUCUAACUUCAAAUCUAAACUCAACAAAUACACAAAAAUGUUUAUUAUUUUUUUGUACAAACAACAGUUCAUCAUCUAAUAUUGGCGGCAGGUGCCAUUUUACUAGAGGCACAAACGAAGAAAUUAAUUUUGGAUUGCUUAGUGUGGAAAUGCUUAGGGAAACAUUUAAUAAUGAAACAAAUUUAUUAAAUAAACAUGAGAAAAUAAAUGGAGAAGAUUUGCAAUUGAAUGG